AGAUGGAAGAGUUAUGCCGACCAUCUCUCACGUUCGAGUGGGCUGGUUUGCUGUUACUCAUGGAUAGAACGUAUUUGACUCUCAAGAAAAAUGUUGUAAGUUUCCUUUUUUGCUGCACAUUGUACAUAUUGAUGGCUUUAACACAUUUUCUCUGUUUGACUUAAUGUAGUAAUCUCUUCCCAGACAGGAUGUCCCUGUCACGUUGUUACCUAUUUCUACCACAGUGAGAAUAUUGACAUGCUAGAUCUUAACAGUAUUUAACAAAUUUAUUGUGGUGGUAAGGUUAAAAGCUACACCCUCAUGCUAAAAUUAGACUUUUUCAUGUUCUUUGCCUGCCAUUUUAGGGAAAUGGAGAAAAUUAGGGACAUGUUUCCUUCUCUCGUUUUUUCUUUUUUUUUUUUUCUCCCGUUCUGUCUCAUCUUCCACUUCACCCCAAGGAAUUAGAUAAAAAGCAAUGGAAAAGUAAAGAGAGACGAAAUUACUCUCAGGGCAAGGUUAGUAUCAAAUGCCUGUCUUUUACACUAGCUGGAUGAAGCCUACACAUCUGGCUUUGAGUUUGAGUAGCCAGAACAAAGAAAGAGCGAGCAAAUCCAAGACAGUUUAUGAGGUAAAAAGAAAGCCAACCACUUAGGAGAAGCGUAAUUUUCUGUAAUUGAGACCCUGUGGAUCCUUUAUUAAUGCGAGCUCUGGGUCCUUAAUAUACUUCUCAAAUCUCAGUCAGGAGGAGGGAAGGAGGGGAGUCAAAAAAAUCUCAGUAAUUUGACAUUGCUCAAAUCUCAACAGUGUCUGUAAAAAUGAAGUACCUGAGUUCAAGUUUAAGAUAUAUUAGUACAAGACAUAAAAGACAUAGUAUUAGGCCAGAGUGCAGUUUAAUUAAAUCAUUUUUCUGAUGCUCUGGAGCUGUGGAAGUGGCCCUCUAUAAUUAUUCAUGCUGCCUACCUUUUAAUUAAAAUUGAGUACCAGAGAGGUCCAAGGUUAGUGUCUGGUAGCUGCUCUGGCUUUAACAGUUGGCUCUAAUAACAACCAACACUAGUAUCUGCCUUUCAAAACUUAACCAGGACUUGAUUUCAAAUCUAGUUACGUAAGUUGACUUGGAGGCCAGGUUAGUGUUUUCCUUAGAAACUGGUUAUGCGCCCAACAUGCAGACAUUUUUAAUAGACACUGUUUUAAAGUAAUUUUUAGAAAAAAUUUUUUAAAUUGAUGACACUGAAACCCAAUAUAUAAAACUGAUAAGAGUGAGGUGUUUGGGCUGAAGAGGAGAUAGACCCUCACCUGCUCCAGAUCUUAGAAUAAGGCUUAAAAGCCACUGUCAGAAUCAUGGCUACUGUCAUUUUAGUUUGACAAGACUUCAGUGCCUGGAUCACUGUUCUCCCACUGUUAUGGAACAAGUUCACCCUAUCUCCCCACUACCCUCUUAGGACACCUGCAGAACAUCUAAUUUUAAACAAUAUAACUUCAUUUUCAAGCCACUAUGAGUCUGAGAGAUUGGCAACAUGGUUAACAAUGACCCCAGCAUUUAGGGGGAGAGAAAAAUCCAGAGGAUAGAUUUUUGAGGCCUGCACGGAAAUGAUCAUCUCUGUCUGUUAGAGGUUACAGAGCACUGUCACAAAUAUUUUGUUUAGUCCUCACGUUGACUUAUGUUAGUAAUAUUCUUCUGAAAUAGUGAAGGAAAAAUGAAAUCCCAUUUUUGUAGAGGAAAAUAAGUUUUUAAUGUAAGUAAAUGUAUCCAUUGUAGCUCUUCCUGAGUGGUUUUAGGCCUCUCACUAAAACUUAAAUGUUUAUGUUCCUUUGGAUAUAAGAUACUUUUGUUGUGCAUUUUAGAUACUGCUUUGAGAUUAAAAAGCAAGUUUUCCAGUUUGACUAUAUUAUGAUGUCAACACUUACCUGGAAAGCACCACUCCAUAAAGUGUGGAAUGUUCUUUGAGCAAUAAAAAAGGUAGCACAGGUGGAGUGCAGCGGAGGCCCCUCCCGCUGCCGUCAUGCCGUUCCCGUUCGGAAAGUCUCACAAAUCUCCAGCAGACAUUGUGAAGAAUCUGAAGGAGAGCAUGGCUGUUCUGGAAAAGCAAGACAUUUCUGAUAAAAAAGCAGAAAAGGCUACAGAAGAAGUUUCCAAAAAUCUGGUUGCCAUGAAAGAAAUUCUGUAUGGCACAAACGAAAAAGAGCCUCAGACAGAAGCAGUAGCUCAACUUGCUCAAGAACUCUAUAAUAGUGGGCUCCUUAGCACCCUGGUAGCUGAUUUACAGCUCAUUGACUUUGAGGGCAAAAAAGACGUGGCUCAAAUUUUCAACAAUAUUCUCAGAAGACAAAUUGGUACAAGAACUCCUACUGUUGAAUACAUCUGCACCCAACAGAAUAUUUUGUUCAUGUUAUUGAAAGGGUAUGAAUCUCCAGAAAUAGCUCUAAAUUGUGGAAUAAUGUUAAGAGAAUGCAUCAGACAUGAACCACUUGCAAAAAUCAUUUUGUGGUCGGAACAGUUUUAUGAUUUCUUCAGAUAUGUCGAAAUGUCAACAUUUGACAUAGCUUCAGAUGCAUUUGCCACAUUCAAGGAUUUACUUACAAGACAUAAAUUGCUCAGUGCAGAAUUUUUGGAACAGCAUUAUGAUAGAUUUUUCAGUGAAUAUGAGAAGUUACUUCAUUCAGAAAAUUACGUGACAAAAAGACAGUCACUGAAGCUUCUCGGUGAACUACUACUAGAUAGACACAACUUCACAAUUAUGACAAAAUACAUCAGUAAACCUGAGAACCUCAAAUUAAUGAUGAACCUGCUGCGAGACAAAAGUCGCAACAUCCAGUUUGAGGCCUUUCACGUUUUUAAGGUGUUUGUAGCCAAUCCUAACAAGACACAACCCAUCCUAGACAUCCUCCUCAAGAACCAGACCAAACUCAUAGAGUUCCUCAGCAAGUUUCAGAAUGACAGGACGGAGGAUGAGCAGUUUAACGACGAGAAGACCUAUUUAGUUAAACAGAUCAGGGAUUUGAAGAGACCAGCUCAGCAAGAAGCUUAAUCUCCAAUAAACAUCUAUGUUAAAUCCAAAUUCAGCGUUUGCUGUUAGCUAUUCAGCAUCAGGCACUCUUACUGAUUCAUGAGGAACAUUACUGCUAAUCUGCUGUUAAGUGAACGGUUUUUCAUUUUACCCUUUUGUUUUUCAGUCCAGGUUGGAGAUCGUAGCUGCUGCUGCUUGCACACUAGGGCACAUGUGGGCUUUCUCUUGAUCUUUGUGUCAUUUCAGAAUUCGAAGUACUACGGGAGUUCUGAACAUGGCUGGGUUCAUGAAGGCAAAUGUAUGGAUGAGAGUGUGGUUUAGGAAAGAGGGCAUUGAUACCAGAUUAGACCUGUGUGUUUGCACCCAUCUUUGUUGGCGAUCUGAGUGCAGUGUGGCAAGUGCACACCUGGCAUCCCUGCGUCAGAUCGUACCCCUUCGCUGAAGGAAAAUGACGCAGAGCUUUAUCUGAAAUCAGAGGGGAACUGUAUCCAAAAUGGGAGUUUGGGGGCAGAUAAAGUUGACAUGCGAAUAAAUUGAUACUGAAACUUAGCAACUUCUCAAAAGUGUAAAGAAGCCUCAUAAGAUCAUAAGGAAAAUGUAUAUAUGCUUUUCACAGCUUUCUAGAAUUUUUUGACAUUUGAUUUUCUUGAGACUUGUAAACCUGGAUAUGUUGAAGGGUAUUUGUUAAUUUUACUUUUCGAAGAUAUUUUAAAAAGUAGAGCUAGCAAUGACACCUUGCAUUUCAUUUCAACCCUGCUUACAGGUUUCUUUUGUAUAUAAUUCUUAGAAUGCUCAUUUCUUUUAAAUGGUUUAAUUUGUACAGCAGAGGAAUGUCAUUGUAGUAGUAUGUAACUAUUACCUAAUACUGAGUUUUUGCAAAAAAACAAUGAAUGCUCAUAUGUAAUUGAAAUACUUCAGAUCACAUGAAAAUGCUGAUUUAACAUUUAAGUAUCACAGCAUUAAAAGAAAAAAAAAAGUAAACCAAUCCUUUGUAUUCAGUUACCUAAUGGGGUGCCAUCAGUAAGCUGCGAUACAGCCCUGGAGCUCAGUCAGCCACACCUUCUUGCAUCCUAUUGGCCUUAUUCAUUUAAAAUGAGUUAAUGAAUCUGCCAGAUCUGUGAAUGAUAGAGAUUAUGCUAAAUUAAUGCUGAUUCUUUGUGUGUGUGGGAAACCUCUGUAGAGCACCUUUUCUUUCUUAGACUAAGUAAUCCAGUACAAUAGUUGUGAACUGAAUAAUUAAAACUUUGGCUUCUCUUAGGAAAAGAAGACUUCCUAGUCAUAGGUGUCCUAUGGGGAAAUUUAUUUUUUUUAUGUCCUGUUCCUUAAUGCUGCAAAUUAUCAGUAUUUAUAAAGUAACUGAUUUUGCACCACUUUUUUGUUACUGUGACCACGGCAGAACAAUGUCUUCUAGACUAUAUCUAUGUAAAGUUAUUAGAAUGGUAUCUGUUCAUUUUAGUGAUAUGAAGAUCACAACUAACAACUUACAAAUCAGAGUUUGCCAGUUCAAAUUCAGCAUGGCUGCAGCUGAAGAAAUUGAUAUGAUUAUUCUUUGCUAGCCUCUCUUACUAAUGGAAUUAUAUAUUGGCCAGUAAAAUGGGCCUCCCAAUUGCUGUUUCAGCAGGUUUUAAAACCUUCAAGAACAUCAGUUAGGAAAAUAGCUCCAGAAAAUACAGAUGUAUUUUAUUUUUAUUAAAAUGGCAGUCUGCAUCAUAAUUGGCGUUUCCUGAGACUGUCUUUACCAGAAUCUGUGUGAAAUAAGGCAAUCUAGUCUCCUCAAAAAGAAAAUCUCUUAGAUGUUUAGGAGGGCAGACUUGGCCGUGAUGUGGUGUCCUGGCUUUUGUGGUAUAGUGCUGUGUGUAUGGAGUUAGUGUAAAAACAUGGAUUACACCAAGUGGAAGAAAUGUCUUCUUGCCAAGCUCAUUCUUAGAACUUACACAAUAAAACAGCUUCCACUUUGGCAAUGAUGUUGUAGCCUUUUAGGUGGAAGACAGUGAGGGGGUGCAGUGUGUCAGAGACAACAUUAACGUGUUACUCUUGCAUUGGAAUCUGAAGGUAGUUCAGACUUCUUGGGUUUUGUUUUUAAGCAAAACAAUGUGAAAACAUUUAAGGUUGAAAUGUUGCAUUUGAAGUUAUGAUCGUUUAAUAUAUUCAUAUUACCAAGACUAUUAUACUGGAAGUGGUUUCUUUUUGUGUUAUAAAGGUUUAAUUUUACAUAAGGCAGUUACUUAAUGUGAUUUUUAACCCUUAAAAAAGUGGAGAUGUAUACAUUUGUUAACAAUGCCAUGAAAGCAUUUUCUUUCUCCUAAGGAAAAGUGAAUUUCUUAUCAGAAUAUCUGGCUGGCCCUGUAAUUUAAAUUAAAAUAAAAUUUUGAAGAAACAGCA